AUGAGUGAGCCCACCAAGAUCAGCAUCUUGGGCCGGGAGAGCAUUGUCGCUGAUUUUGGUCUGUGGCGCAACUUUGUCGCGACAGACCUGAUCACCGGCCUGCCCUCGACCACCUAUGUCCUUGUUACCGAUACAAACCUCGGAUCGAUAUACAUCCCUGCCUUCGAGAAAGCCUUCGAAGCUGCUGCCAUUUCGGUUUCGCCAGCUCCUCGUCUUUUGACCUAUAAUGUCGCACCGGGAGAGAGCUCAAAAUCCCGCCAAACAAAAGCCGGUAUUGAGGAUUGGAUGCUAAGCCAAAACCCACCAUGCGGCCGUGAUACAGUUGUCAUCGCGCUUGGUGGUGGUGUCAUUGGGGACCUGACUGGUUUCGUAGCGGCCACCUACAUGCGCGGCGUUCGCUAUGUGCAGGUGCCUACGACGCUUCUGGCCAUGGUGGAUUCCUCAAUUGGCGGGAAAACAGCCAUUGACACUCCAUUAGGCAAGAACUUGAUUGGUUCAAUCUGGCAACCGUCAAGGAUUUACAUCGAUCUCGAAUUUUUAGAAACCCUUCCUGUGCGAGAGUUCAUCAACGGUAUGGCUGAGGUGAUCAAGACUGCCGCCAUCUCAAGCGAAGAGGAGUUUACCGCGCUCGAGGAUAAUGCAGAGGCUAUUCUGAGCGCAGUCCAUAGCGAAGUGAAGCCUGGAAGUGGCCGCUUUGAUGGGAUUCGAGAUAUUCUCAAAGCCCGAAUUUUGGCCUCCGCUCGUCACAAGGCGUACGUUGUCUCUGCCGAUGAGCGUGAGGGUGGCCUUCGCAACCUUUUAAACUGGGGUCACUCCAUCGGCCAUGCUAUCGAGGCGAUCUUGACCCCCCAGAUUCUCCAUGGAGAGUGUGUUGCUAUCGGGAUGGUGAAGGAAGCAGAGCUCGCUCGUCACCUAGGCGUCCUUAAGGGUGUCGCAGUGGCCCGUAUUGUCAAGUGUAUCUCGGCGUAUGGCUUGCCUACGACUAUCAAGGAUUCCCGCGUACGUCAGUUGACCGCCGGUAAACACUGCUCUGUCGAACAGCUUCUAUUCAACAUGGCCCUGGACAAGAAGAACGAUGGUCCCAAGAAGAAGGUCGUUCUGUUGUCUGCAAUUGGACGUACCUAUGAGCCUAAGGCCAGUACGGUCUCCAAUCAAGAUAUUGGUGUUGUUCUGGCUCCUAGCGUUGAGAUCCAGCCUGGAGUGCCCAAGACUCUUAACGUUACCUGCGCUCCCCCAGGCUCAAAGAGUAUAUCUAACCGAGCCCUGGUUCUGGCUGCUCUCGGUUCUGGAACUUGUCGUAUUAAGAACCUUCUUCACUCCGAUGACACGGAGGUCAUGCUUAAUGCCUUGGAGCGUCUCGGGGCUGCAACUUUCUCCUGGGAAGAAGAAGGCGAGGUUCUUGUUGUGAAUGGAAAGGGAGGGAAUAUUACUGCUAGCCCCUCACCUCUCUAUCUUGGCAAUGCUGGUACUGCAUCUAGAUUCUUGACAACUGUGGCAACUCUUGCCAAGCCAAGUACCGUUGAGGAAAGUGUCCUUACCGGUAACAGCCGCAUGAAGCAAAGACCCAUUGGGGAUCUUGUGGAUGCACUUACCGUGAACGGAGCCGGAAUCGAGUACUUAGAGCGCAAGGGUAGCCUUCCGCUCAAGAUUGCCGCUUCGGGUGGCUUUGCUGGAGGCAAGAUUAACCUCGCUGCCAAGGUCUCUUCGCAGUAUGUCUCCUCGCUGCUCAUGUGUGCUCCGUACGCCAAGGAACCCGUUACCUUGAAAUUAGUUGGAGGGAAGCCUAUUUCGCAACCUUACAUUGAUAUGACUACCGCGAUGAUGCGAUCUUUUGGCAUUAAUGUGGAGAAGUCCACCACCGAAGAACACACCUACCACAUCCCGCAGGCUAACUAUGUCAACCCUGCUGAGUAUGUUGUCGAGAGUGAUGCCAGCUCUGCUACGUACCCUCUCGCAAUAGCUGCUAUCUCUGGCACAACCUGCACUGUCCCCAACAUUGGCUCCAAGUCUCUUCAGGGUGACGCUCGUUUUGCCGUAGAUGUUCUCCGGCCUAUGGGCUGCACCGUCGAACAAACUGACACCUCCACUACAGUCACUGGACCCAGUAGCGGAAUUCUUCGUCCACUUCCGAAUGUUGAUAUGGAGCCAAUGACCGAUGCUUUCCUUACUGCGUCAAUUCUUGCGGCUGUUGCUCGAGGCGAGGGCUCAAACCACACUACCCGUAUCUACGGUAUCGCAAACCAGCGUGUCAAGGAGUGCAACCGAAUCAAGGCCAUGAAAGAUGAGCUUGCUAAAUUUGGUGUGGUUUGCCGAGAGCAUGAUGACGGUCUUGAAAUUGAUGGAAUCGAGCGCUCUACCCUCCGUCAGCCCUCUGGUGGCAUUUUCUGUUACGAUGAUCAUCGUGUGGCCUUCAGUUUCAGUGUCCUAUCCCUCGUCGCUCCUAAACCAACCCUUAUUUUGGAGAAGGAAUGUGUUGGAAAGACAUGGCCCGGUUGGUGGGAUACCCUGAAGCAGAUGUUCUCUGUCAGUCUUGAUGGCAAGGAACUCACAGAAGAGGAACUCGCCGUUUCAACCCAGGAGGAAAAGGCAAGCGCUUCUAUCUUCAUCAUCGGCAUGCGCGGUGCUGGAAAGACCACUGCUGGAAGCUGGGUUGCCAAGAGCCUCGACCGCCCUUUCAUUGACCUUGAUACCGAACUUGAGAAGACGGAGAGCUUGACCAUUCCAGACAUGAUCAAAGAACGCGGCUGGGAAGGAUUCCGCGAGGCUGAGCUUGCUUUGCUGAAGCGCACUUUGCAGGAUCGCCCAACUGGGUAUGUCUUUGCUUGUGGUGGCGGGAAUGUUCUUCUUGUCAUGCGAGACAUCAAGGACGUUAUGGACUUUUUGCAGGUUGAUCAGACCCGCCCCGCCUAUGUGGAAGAUAUGAUGGGUGUAUGGCUUCGUCGUAAACCUUGGUUCCAGGAGUGCAGCAACAUUCAGUACCAUAGUCAACGAACAGACAAGAAAGACCUUGCUCUGGCAUCGGAGGACUUCUACCGCUUCAUGAAGGUGGUCACUGGCCAAGUGGAUAAUCUCAGUGAGAUCAAGAAAAAGAAGCACUCUUUCUUCGUUUCCUUGACCCUGCCAGAUCUUCGUGAAUGUGCUGAUAUUCUGGGUGAAGCAUGCGUGGGCUCGGAUGCUGUUGAGCUGCGUGUUGAUCUCCUCCAGGAUCCUACCAGCGACAGUGACAUCCCUUCCGUGGAGUACGUCGUUGAGCAGAUUUCUUUCCUCCGUCGUCAAGUCUCGCUCCCUGUCAUCUUCACUAUUCGCACCAAGAGCCAAGGAGGUCGUUUCCCUGAUGAUGCUUACGAAGCUGCCAAACAACUCUACAGACUUGCCUUCCGUACAGGCUGUGAAUUUGUUGAUCUUGAGAUCGCAUUCCCCGAUGAGUUGCUGCGCACUGUCUCUGAAAUGAAGGGAUACUCUAAGAUUAUAGCGUCGCACCACGACCCUCAAGGGAAGUUGUCGUGGGACAACAUGUCCUGGAUUCCAUCUUACAAUAAGGCUCUUGAAUACGGCGAUAUUAUCAAGCUUGUUGGUGUCGCUCGGACCUUGGAGGACAACAAUGCACUUCGGAAAUUCAAGAACUGGGCAGCCGAAUCGCACGAGACCCCAUUAAUCGCCAUCAACAUGGGCGAUAGUGGUCAACUCAGCCGCAUCCUCAACGGCUUCAUGACUCCGGUGUCUCACCCCAGUCUUCCUUUCAAGGCUGCCCCCGGCCAGCUCUCCGCAAAGGAGAUCCGCAAGGGCCUUUCAUUGAUUGGCGAACUCAGGGCAAAGCAAUUUGCAGUCUUCGGCUCCCCAGUCUCCGCCUCUCGGUCGCCACCCCUACACAACGCUCUUUUCGCCGAGACUGGCCUUCCUCACAGCUACGGACGUCUGGAGACUACCAAUGCAGAGGAUGUGAAGGACUUUAUUCGAGCUCCUGACUUCGGUGGUGCAUCUGUGACGAUCCCCCUCAAGCUCGACAUCAUGCCUCUUCUGGAUGAGGUCGCUCAAGAGGCCGAGAUCAUUGGCGCUGUUAACACCAUUGUCCCCAAGGAAGAGAGUGGAAAAACACGUCUUAUCGGCUACAACACUGACUGGAGAGGCAUGAUCAACUCGCUUCGCAACGAGGGCGUCUUUGGGUCUACUGGCUCGGAAGGUGCCAUUGUUGUUGGUGGCGGUGGAACUGCUCGUGCCGCCAUCUACGCUCUCCACCACAUGGGUUAUUCCCCUAUCUAUGUGAUCGGACGUUCUGCGAGCAAGCUGGAGGGCAUGAUCUCGACUUUCCCCACAAACUACAACAUCCGAAUUGUCGACAACCCUAAGCAACUUGACGCCAUUCCACGGGUUGCUAUCGGCACUAUUCCUGCCGAUGGGCCCAUUGACCCUAGCGUCCGGGAAACCCUCUGCCAUAUGUUCGAGCGUGCCCAAGAAGUCGAUAACAACCCCAGUGAACUCGAGGCAUCCCGUGUGCUUCUGGAGAUGGCCUACAAACCCUCUGUAACUCCUCUAAUGCAGCUAGCUGCUGAUGCAGGCUGGAAGACCAUUCCUGGCCUCGAGGUCCUUGUUGGUCAAGGCGUGCACCAGUUCAUUCACUGGACUGGUAUUACUCCCUUGUACCACGUUGCAAGAAAUGCUGUCAUGGGUAACGACUCUGCAUGA